UCUAAGUUUAAUGCAAGUCUUCGUUUCCAGGUGUAGUUGUAAAUCAAACUCAAAGGUUGUCUACAUUUUAACCUGCACUGCGUCCUGUUCAACCUACUGAUCCGUUCAUAUGGGACUCGUGCACUGAGCGCCGUCCGGACUGCAGUUCAAAGACACCUCUACAAGGACCAUGCGAUCUUACUAGCCCUGUGACCCACUCCGUUAUUGGAAAAAAUGGAAAGGAUAUAUUGACCCGAAGUCUGCACCAGAAGGUUAUCCUCUGCUAAGAGCAGAGAACAUGCGGAUUUGACCAGGACAAAGGGAACAUGAAGCCGUUCUUUUGCAAUGUCUAAAACGGUGACAAAGAAGCAGCACUGGCGGUCCAAAGUGCAGGAUAGCUUUGUCCCGCUAUUGGGAACAUCGGGGGAGCUUGGGAUUUCAGUGGGCGGAGGAGCAGACUAUGGAGAGUUCCCCUUCGUCACCUCGGCACCAGGAGGAGGCCUGACAGUGGGAGAUAUCAUUCUGGAGAUUGGCGGGACACCUGUGCUCGGGAUGACGCUGGGAGAUGUCAGAGGGGUGCUUAACACCUGCCCGCAUCCCGUAAGAAUCAAGACCGUCCCACCAGGCUCCUCAUUUUGUAAAGAUCUGCGUUUGUUUCUGAGUAAAUGCUUCACACCGGGUUCAGUAGACAGUCAGCUCCAGCAGGUGAUCAGAGAAAACCUCUACCUCCGUGCUGUACCAUGCACCACCCGACAGCCCCGGGUGGGAGAGAUAUCUGGGGUCGACUACAACUUUGUGUCGGUGGAGGAGUUUUUUUCCCUGGAGGAGUCCGGAGCUCUGCUGGAGAGUGGCAAGUUUAAAGGAAACUAUUACGGUACCCCACACCCUGUUCACAUCAGCGCAGACAGCCCACCCAUUACAUACCAGGAGCAUCGAAACCUGCUCCGAAACUUUCGCACACGCAGCAAAUCACUUAGCAACCUGGAGAAGACUGGUGAUGAUGACAACAGUGAAGAGGACUCGGGUCUGUCAGCAGGUGUCAGUAGCAGCGCCCCCUUCAGUCACAGAUCACCCAGUCGGCGGCGGGCGUCAAGUGCAGAGGAUGGGCGCAUCACGUACAACUACAACGGCCUGAGGGGCAGCAGGAGGGGGGGCAGCUACCGGGGCAUGAUCUUUGACCAGUGGGACCAGGCCUUCAGCGACCCUGGAAAAUCCAACUACAAUGACAGCAUCCCAAAGAGGAGCAGCUGGCAGAGUCCUCGAGCUCCGAGCAGGGAGACGGUCUACAGAAACGAAUGGUUCACAGAUCAGCCCUCGGAGCUCAGGGGUUUUCCAGUCCACACACACAUCAUAAAGGGUACCAGAGGGUUUGGCUUCAAUAUUGUGGGGGGCAGCCAUGCAGGAGAGUUUCUUCAAGUCUACAGCGUAACGUCCAAUGGCCCCUCUGCUCUCAAAACAGCUGACAUCUUGGUGUACCUCAAUGAUGUGUGCGUUUUGGGCAUGUCCCAUAAGGAAGUGGUGGAAAUGCUUAAGUCAGUACCAGUGGGUCACACAGUAGAUGUUGAGAUCAGAAGAGGAUACCCCAUGCUCUAUAACCCAGACGGCUGCCCCAAACAACCCCCGCCCAGAAUGAUGGACAACGGGGACCCCAUCGUACCCCCCACCACAGUCCAACCUCAGUCCUUAAACCACCUACCUCGUCCCCCCACCCCCCAGAACCAGCACUUUACCUUCAAUGGAAUCCAUAGCGAAGCCAGUUAUAUGGAGCCUCUAGACACCAAUGGAAAUGCACCAUAUUACCGGCAUUCAUAUAGGAGAUCCAGUAUGAGCAACGCAGUGCACUCUUCACCCCCGCGGCCCCCCCGAUCUGUGCGGAGUUUAGCCCGACUGCAGUCCUUUGACCCCACCCUGGCCAGCCAGAGUGACAGUGAGGUGGUCUCUGCUAUAGGAUCACACAGGGCUUCAAUGAUUCGGAACCACAACAAUAAUUCCCUCUCAACUCCCCCUCCCCCUUUACGCUACGGGACAUACAAAUCAUCAGAGAGUGACUUGUCCACUUGUACGCUGUCCCGCCUGCCUAUGCCCCCGUCGCCACGUAGACCCUCAUCUUCGCCCGGUGGUCCUAGGACAUCCCACCUGCUCCGACCCAGCCCCUCCCACUCCAGGAGACCCCCAACACCAGACAGUCCCCACUACACCAAUGUCAAUGGGUACCACAGCAUGCCCAGCCCCUCUGCUAGUCCCAGUAGUGUGUCAUCUAUCGGGGGAAUGAGUUUGGGGAGUGACCAUGACAAUAGGAGCAGAGGGGAGCUUGUGCCAGUGGUCUUGGGACAGUCUGAAGGAGAGAGGGGGCUUGGUUUUAGCAUGAUGGCAGGGGGACUGGGAGGACGGCUAGCUAUUGUGAAAAGAAUCCUGGACAGGGUGCAGUGCAACUCCUUACAACCAGGGGACGCUAUUGUCAAAAUUAAUGGUGCUGAUGUGCAGAGCCUAAGUGUUGCACAGAUACAAACAGUUCUUCAGGAACACACCAAACAGGGAGAGGUUAUUCUACUGGUGUAUCGUGGAGGUAUCUACCACUCCCCUAGUUCCUCUCGGAGACUGCCCCCUUUGCUGCUGCGUCCCCCUCCUCCCCCUGUGGCCUCUGAAAAUUCUGUGUUUCCCGACUGUCUGCCUUUGCCCCGGAGAUGCAACAGUACCCCUCCGUCCCCCGCCCCCUCCCGCUCUUCUCUGAUCCAGAGCACCAGUUUCCUGGAGUCCAUACCCGUGACCCUGACCAUGGAGCCCAAAGACUGGCAGAGCACAGGCCUGGAAGACGAUGGUGCGACCCUGCCUGACCCUGCGCUUGAGCAGAGGCCAGGUGAAGCUGCACGGCCUUUCCGAGGGUUUGAUGUUGAGCUGAGGAGAAAACCGGGAGAGGGCUUUGGGUUCGUCAUCGCCUCUCAGGACAUGGAAAAUGGCAAAGCAGCCUCUCUUCUGCCCCAUCGCUUUGUGACGGUGCGCCGGGGCAGUCCUGCAGCCAAAAGUGGGCAGAUUCGUCCAGGAGACCGAUUAGAGGCGGUGGAAGGGCGGUCCGUGGUCCAUUUGCCCCACAGAGAGCUCUCUCAGAUCCUGCGUAGGGCUGGGAACACUCUGCGCCUCACCAUUGUACCAAGGCCCAGUACAUACUCUUCCACUUACCCAGAAUCCAAUGAGUUUGAUUCCAGUCACAGAGGCAGAAAAGGUCAAAGGUCAAGACCCAAGCGCGACUCGAGGUACUACAGUGUGGACUUGGACAGGGGCCCCUCAGGUUUCGGCUUCAGUCUCAGAGGGGGCAGUGAGUACAACAUGGGCCUGUAUGUACUGGCUCUGAUGGAGGGUGGUCCCGCCUCACGCAGCCAGAAGAUGCAGGUGAGUGAUCAGUUGGUGGAGAUCAAUGGAGACAGCACAGUUGGGAUGACCCACAGUCAGGCCGUGGAGCAGAUCCGAAGAGGGGGACACCGAAUCCACCUGGUCCUGAAGAGAGGGAACGGCUACGUGCCUGACUAUGGCCGUGAGCGCAGGACCCGCUCCCUCUCGCCCCUGCGUCACCCCAAGGAGCAGGGUUUGGCUGCAGUAGGCUCGAGGAGGAGGAGGGCACAUAGCUCCAAACCCCAACGAAGAAUCAAGUCUUCACAUGAACGGGACAAAAGUCAAAGAGGACGCAGCAGACGAAGAAGGGAGGCAGACUCAGGUUUACAAAGUCCAGUCUCCGUGGCGACCGAACGGGAAAAAGAUAGGAGGAGCAGGAGGAAGAAACGUGAAUCACAAAGCUUACCCCGAGAUGCCCUUAGGAGUCGCCGUGGCAGUGAUUCAGACAGAAGUAGAACAAGAGCAAAAAGGAGAGGCCGGAGCAAAACCAGGAAGAAGCGAACCCAUAGUGAGGAGAGGUUAAGGGUUGAAGAGAGGCAGACUGAAGAACAGGUGGAGGAAGAUGGUGAGGAGGUAUUGAGAGAAGAGGUUAAUGACAUUUUUGAAAGAGAGGUAGCAGAAGAGAUUGCACAGGAAGAGGAGGUUGAGGUAGAAGAAGAGUAUAUAGGAGGAGAGGAGGUUGAGGAAGAUGUGGUUUUGCCUAUUCCCAGUCCCACCUCAAAGUUACCCUGGCCAAAACAGGAGUCAUGGAGUGAAAAUGAAGGAAAAGAGACUGACAGUGUUUCUGUUGAAGAGUUCAGAGAUUUAAGUGGGCAGUAUAGACCAUUAAUGGGAAUGAAUAGGGAGCUAAGAAGGAUACCAAGGCCAGAAAGUGCAUGUGAGUCAGUAUGGUCAAACUAUGAAGAUCAGGAGACUGGAUUCCAACAGGGUCAGGUGGAUAAAGAGGAGGACAGAGAUAGAGAAGAGAGCGAAGAGUUUUUAAAAAUGCCUUUACCUGCUGUGGAGGAGGAUCAAGUGUCACAGACAGAGCUCUUUUACUUUCUCACCUCUGCUAGCCACCAGGGGGAUAAUGAGUCAGAUUCAGGAGGGAGCCAGUCAGAUGCAGCCAGUAUUUCAGGUCUCUCGCAGGUCACCACAGCAGCAGCUGGACACAGGAGGGUGAACAGGACUGUGUUGAGACCAGGACCCUGGUUACAGCCCAGUGAGCAGAGAGUAGCACAGGUGAUAAAGGAGGGUAGGCGGCAGAGCUUUCAUCCAGGAGAGACUUAACAUUUUGAACUUAUUAUUCAAGUAAUUAAAGGUGCACUGCUUAGCUUUUGGUGGAUGGUGAGCUAGGGAAACAGCUGUGUCUGGAAUGUGACACAGUAGGGAAUUAAACAUAUCUGUCUAGCAUUUAUUUAAUUACAGGUAUAUUUAUUGCUCAAAAAUACCUUGAAAAAAACAUUCAUUCUUACUGUGAGUGGGCUUGCAGAUCUGGAACUUGGGCCACUGGUGGUACUUUCUUGCCUCCAUGGUAAUGGAUAAGUUUGAUGCCAUAAUGUGGAGCAUUCCUGGCAAAGCAAUAACAUUUCCCAUCUCAUGGAGACAAGCAGGUGGCGUACCCUUUCCCAUAAAAGCUUUGCAGUGCACUUUUAAAUUCUCUUUUGAAAAAUAUGGCUAGUCAUUCUGCCCUUGAAUCUGAAGCAAAGCCACUCAGCUAGAAUGGCUUUUAAAACACAAAUUACAUACAUUACUGACAAAUUAAAACCAGUUUAUACUACCUCUAACAGGUUCAUUUUGACAUUAUGUUAAUUAUCGUUUAAAAUAAUUACAAUUUCUAUAAUUUCAUAUUUGAGCAACCCUUGCUGUGAUUUUUUUUUUAAUGUAAGGAUACUCUACAAUGGAAGUAAAAGGAUAACAUCUCCCCCUGGGCCGAAGAUACUAUUGUAGAGAAGGAUUUUGGUACAUUACUGAAAUAGUAGGAGGAAGGAUGAUAAGAGAGAUGGUACAUUUAUAUGGAUAGCUUGAUAGAUGGAAAAAUGGAAAGGUAGCAGAAUUUGAUUGACUGACAGAUAAGUAAUAUUUCUGGAAGCACAGGAACGAGGUUGGAAAUUCCAUCUUCCUGGUUGAAAUCACGCUUCAAUUGACAGAGAAGAAGAGGGACUGUCGUUUGGUCACCGUUUGGAAGAGGGAUGUUUUUUAUUGUUGUCUCCUGUUUUCUAAGUGAUAUCUGUGCCUUCUAUAGCUGACUAUUAGCAGAUCUUUAUAAUAUUAUUAGAGAGUGACACUGUAGUCUUGUUCUAACACAUUGCUCAUUUAAUUAUACCCUCACAGAUGUUUCAAGGAUAAGUUUUUUUUAAAGGUGCACCAUAACUUUUCCUGAGAAGGAUCCGCCAUCUCCUUGUCUCGAUGGAGAUGUUAUUGUUUUGCCUAUAAAUGGUCAACAGUAUGGAGUUAAACUUAUCUAUCUCCAUGGAAACAAGCACCAUCAGCCAGGUCAAGUUACAGGUCAUAUAUAUAUAUACAUAUAUGCAGAGGUGAGCUUACUCAGAGUAAGAAUGCAUAAUUUUUUUUUUUUGCUAUAAAAUAUCUCUAAUCACUUGAAUAUAAGCUUGACAGGUUUAAUGCCAUACUGUAGAACAUCUGGAUAGUGACAAACAGGUAACAGACCCCUACCAGAAAAGUUAUGUAGUGCACCUUUAAGACAACUUGGUUUUAGCCAACUUCUUACCAUAACUCUAUCACUGACAACCCCCCCACUGAACAGACACUGCGCUGAUGUAUACCUCACCCAAAACUGAGCAAUAAUAAUGCAAUUUAUGAGACUAUCAGCCAUCCACUGGUUUGAGCGUAACACGUUUGUCUCUAUGUGUUGUACAUGUAGACACUUGCCUUGACUUGUAACGUUGUUCUGUGUGUCUGAAUAUCUCCAUAUAAAAUCUAAUAAUGCAAAUCCCUUAUUAAGCAGGUGUAUAUACAGAGAGAACUGAAAUAUUGUACAUAUUUUGAAAGCCCUUAAUUACAAAUAUAUAUGCACUAUAUCUAUACAGAAUAAAAUAAGUACUCAUAUAAAUUAUUUAAUAUUGUGUCAUGAUGAACCAUAAAUGGAUCUAUAGCUUUUGUGAAAGUUAAACAACUACUGUUUCUGGCCUAUUUGUAAAAUGAGAGAUUUAUAUAAUGCUACUGGUUGUGGAUAGGAUGUUUUAUGGCGUUCACUUCAGUAAGAGAUGCCAAAAAUAUGCAUCUGGUUUGCAUAUUUGUAAUUAUCCUAAUGUGUUUCAGAACAAAACAGAUUCUUAGGAAUGCUGUGCCCAUCG